AUGCAACUCACCUCCCUCCUCGUGGUCUCAACCACCCUCCUAGCAUCCCAAGUCCCCGCCCAAUUCAUCCGCUCAAUGAUCCCCAACGUCCCAACCUGGAGCGCCUCAAUGGCCAGCCACUCCUUCCAACCAAUGGUCCACGUCCACCCACCAAUGCACAUCGCAGCCCAGCCCUCCAUGCGCCCCGUCGCUAGACCCUCGUCCUCGUCGAGCUUUAAUACUCUGAACCUGAACCAGGGUUUGCGGCAACCUGCUGCGCAGCACCAAGAUCAGACCUAUGCUAUCCCGGAUGGUGGCCUUGCGCCUGUUGAUCCGUUGCAGCCGGGUAGUGAUGUUGCACCGGUGUUGAUUCAGAAGCCUACUGGUGUUGAUGAGGGGAAUUCGUUCUGUAUAGGACAGUGCUAUGCUAGUAAGAAGGAGGCGCAUUGUGCGAAGCCUUAUGCUUCGCCUUUGUACAAGUCUGCGCAUAAUUGCUGGAUGUGUUGUUUCACUGCUGGUGACUUUUAG